CGUUUUGUAAUUUGGCGAGAGGAGCACGCCCUUCCCCCAAUUCUGUUUCGAAACACGGGAACUGUCCAGCUUGGUAUUAUCAGCGACGAUCUUUCCUGUUCUCUUUCUCUACUGGGGCUCAGUCCUUAAAAGGAGCGAGGAAGAAACCUUGCAGGAAACAAGAUAACCUAAAUACGGCGAUUGUUUUGAGUUCAAGUUGUGACUCUUUCUGCUGCGGGAACUCCGCAGAUGAAUGAGGCGCAUUGGAAUUCACUCAGCUUUGGUUUCACGUCGCAUUCGUGCGAUCGGAUAAGAGGCUCGGGAGGUACACAGGUCAGUCUUUGGCUUGGCUAGUUCAUGCUUUUUGCUUGCAACUCAGCUACCUUGGCUCUGCUACGGAGAGGGGAUUUAGGAACAAGUGAGCAACCCCGGUGGCCCAUCUGAGUUGUUCCCUGUAACGUGCCAUGUGCUAUACUUGGGCAUGGCCAGCCAGGAGAGGAACUGAGAAAGAAUUUGCAGAAGUUUAAAGGCGGGUUGGCAUCAAGAAGCAUAUUUUUGAGUUACCACAUAGACGUUUAGUAACACUGUAGCAAGAGGAUCCUUACGGUUCAGUCUGCUGAGAAGAAAGUCCCAUUCAGUUGAACGUGGUGGACUCCCAAGUUGGAAAGAGAUGGCAGACCCUGAAAGCACAGUCAUAAACAACAAUGUGAACCAGAAAGAUCCAAAGGAAGCUCUAGUUAUUGCUGUGACGACAAGGGCUAUUUUCGACCUGGAAAAGGAGCAUGAGAUCUUCUUGACCGAGGGCAAGGAUGCGUAUGUGAAGCACCAGCAAGCGAAUGAAGACAACCCCUUGGAGCCAGGGACAGCCUUCGCUUUUAUCCAGGCUGUGCAGGCUGUGAACAAGAAGCUUCUUGAGAAAAACCCAGAGGAGAAGGGCCUCUUUGAUGUCAUUGUUCUCUCCAAUAACAGUCCAGAGAGUGGUGUGCGCAUCAUCAACAGUGCCAAAAAAUAUGGUCUGGAGAUCUCCAAGUUCUGCUUUGUCAGUGAUGAAGAUUCAACUCAGUACUUGAAAACACAUAACGUGAAGCUUUUUCUCUCAGCGGACAUGACAGAUGUGUGCAAUGCACUUCAGAGAGGCGUUUCGGCAGCACUCAUCUUCCAGCAAGAGAUUCAGACGCCCAGCUCCCAGCUGCGUGUCGUUUUCGAUGGUGACUCUGUCCUCUUUUCCGAUGAGACCGACCGUGUCUUUCGUGAGAAGGGGCUAGAAGGAGCCGUGAAGUACGAGAAAAGCAUGGAGGCUGUGCCCAUGGGAGAGGGCCCAUUGAAGGCAUUUGCUCUGAGCCUUGGGAAAAUGCGCAAAAAGUUUGACCAGGAGGAUUCUCCCAUCCGCACCUACUUGGUAACUGCCCGCAGUGGCCGUGACAUGGGCACCCGGGCUAUCAAAACCCUCAGGGAAUGGGGCCUGGCUAUUGAUGAAGCCUUCUUCAUGGAUGGAGCUCCAAAGGGGCCCAUAUUGUCCAAGAUCCAGCCCCAUAUCUUCUUUGAUGAUGGUCUUCAUAACAUCCAAGGGGCUCAGGAUAUUGGCAUACCCUCUGCCUUGGUCCCUUGUGACUGCCAUAAGGGGUCCGUGGAACCCAAUAUUGUGAUGUAGGAAGAGAUGGAGUGACAGCUGGGCAGGAUUUCUGGCUCCUGAAUCCGUCUGGACCACAUUUUGGGACAAUGGGAACAACACUGCUAAUGUGAGGAUAAGAUGCACUCUCUUCGUACAAUUAGAAAAAAGGGACUCCUUUAAACUAUUGCAAGCUGCAAAGACUGAAUCAGUCCAGAUCCUAAAAAAAUACGCUAACAAAUAAGGAAAAUAAAACAGUGGCCCCUAGGCUAGAAAUGUUCAACAUGCAUUCCAGUCCCCAGGAAAGGAGAUGCCAAAGAAUGCAGCGACUACAGGACCGUUGCACUAAUUUCCCACACAUGCAAAGUGAAGCUCAAGGUGUUGCAACAAAGAAUUUUAUCCUGUAUGGAUAGAGAAAUGCCUGACAUUCAAGCUCGACUCCUAAAAGGAAGAAGUUAUGUUAGCUUCUGGAGCACACCAAGGAUCAAACUGUGCUUCAUAGACUAUAACAAAGCCUUUGACUAUGUGGAUCAGGAGAAACUAUGGGUGGGCCUAAAAUAAACUGGGUGUGCUGCAUACUUAAUCAUCCUGAUGUACGUAUAACCUGUAUCCGGGACCAGAAGCUACUGCUGGGACAGAAUAUGGUGAAACAGAAUGGUUUUCUAUAGGCAAAGGUGCCAGACAAGGGUGCAUUUUUUCUUCUUAGCUGUCCAAUCCACACUCAGAACAGCAACCAUCAACUCAAGGGAAGACAGGAGCCAAAAAAUUCAAACAAGACAAACUAGGAAGACUGGCAUGAAGGAACAAGAAAAGAUCGUCAAGUUUAAAGAUAUUUCACUGGAGACUAAGGCCAAGA